CUGGAUCAGCACCAGCUGCUCCUACUCCUGCUCCCGCUCCGACUGCCCUGAUAAACGAUGUGUGGAAGCAGCCUGCGGUGAAGAAUGGCGAGUGGGUGUGCUCGCUGUGCAGUCUCAAGAGCCCCGGACUCUGCUGACAAAUGCAUCGUCUGCGAAGCACCAAAACCCAGAUUAGCUCCAACUGCGCCAGCUGCUAGCACCACUGUCCAGCCAUCGGCCGGUUGGGGACAGCCCUCGCUCGGGACUGACGAGUGGAAAUGCCCCACCUGCGACUGCAAAAGUCCUACAUCGUCAAACAAGUGCAUUGUGUGCGAGGCACCAAAGCCAGCGCCUGCUCCGGUUGCUCCGACGAACGACAUCUGGAAGCAGACUGCAGUAGUGAAGACCGGCCAGUGGAAGUGCAGUGUGUGCGAUCUCCUGAGUCCAGACUCGGCUGACAAGUGCACUGUCUGUGAAGCGCCUAGGCCCGGAUCCAAGCCCGUCCAGCCCCUAGCCGCACCCGUGCCGGCUUCUUCAUCCAAGAGCUUCUGGGGGCAGCCAUGUGCUCAAAGCCGACGAGUGGAAGUGCCCGACAUGUAGCUGCACAAGCCCAAAGUCUGCCAGCAAGUGUGUUGUGUGCGAGGCCCCGAAUCCCGCAGCAGGCAGCGGAAAAGCCGCCGGUAUCCAUCAGGGACCGCGUCAAGACCUUUGAGGCAGCCAAAUU